UUCUGUUCCGCACAUCGCAACCUUACGAAAACAAUCCUCGCGUUUACAGAAUGUUUUUCGUCGGUGUUAAAUUGAAUUAGUUGACUAAACGUAGUAUGGCGGCUCCUCUAGGUGGCAGUGAAGUACGGCAGCGCUGUUGUCUGACACAUCCGAGCGAAGAAGAAGAACAGGUGUUUCCAUGACGACGCGAGGCCCAACAUGGUUUACAUUACAGAGGACUUGAUCCGUAAGCGAGCAGAACACAACGAGUGUGAGAUCUUCUCUCUGGAGGAAGUGUCUCUUCACCAGCAGGACAUCGAGAAGAUCAAGCACAUUGAGCGAUGGUGCCGCGACCUGAAGAUCCUCUACCUGCAGAACAACCUCAUCCCACGCAUUGAGAACGUGGGCCGUCUGAAGAAGCUACAGUACCUGAACCUAGCGCUUAACAACAUCGAAGUCAUUGAGAACCUGGAGGGCUGUGAAAGUCUCCAGAAGUUGGACCUAACGGUGAACUUUGUGGGUCAGCUGAGCAGUGUGGAGACGCUGAGGGCCAACCUGCACCUGAGCGAGCUCUUCCUGGUGGGGAACCCCUGCACCGACUUCCAGGGCUACCGGAGCUACGUGGUGGCCACGCUGCCGCAACUACAGUGGCUGGAUGGGACCCGUGUCAGCCGCUCUGAGAGGAUCCGGGCGUCUCAGGGACUGGAUGAGGUCCGGAGGCAGGUCCUGGUCCAGGAGCGGGACUAUCUGAGGAAGAGGGCCAAGCAGAGGGAAGAGUCACAGAGGGAGGCAUGGGAGGAUGGCGACACCUGCAGCAGGACGUCGGAGCAGCCCCUGGAGAGGAACCAGGAGGAGCGGGAGAGGGAGUUCUGGCACACGCCAUGUUUGUUCACCCCUGAGUCGCGCCUAGAAACUCACCGCCACCUGGAGGAGACGCGAAAGUCCAAUGAGAAGGAGGAAGAGAAGGAGCCAAAGAGAAGGACUCUGAUAACUGCUGAUGGCCGAGUGAUGAAUGUCAAUGAACCAAAACUGGACUUCAGUCUGACUGAAGACGACGAGCGGGGCCUGGUGGUCCUGGAGCUGCAGGUGUUCCGACACCUGGACACGUCCCUGCUGGACGUCGACGUCCAGCCCACGUACGCACGGGUGACGGUGAAGGGAAAGAUAUUCCAGAUUGUUCUGCCGGUUGAAGUGAAACCCGACAGCUCGGCAGCGCAGCGCUCCCAGACCACCGGACACCUGCUGCUCACCAUGCCUCGGGCUGAUGGGAGAGUCACCAGGACUAAGACCGUCUCCCUUGCUGCCCGGGAGGACCGGGACCGCAGCAGCUCGACCCUGGACUGGAAGAGAGGAACAGUGGAAACCCUGGAAGUGGACCCGGGCUGUCGCACCACCGUGGACCUCCACGUGGUCCCCCGACAGAAGACCAGGGAAGGUCCACUCCAGCUCUCCAGACCUGCUCCACCUGGACCCAACAGUGAGGGGUUUCUGGACGACCCUGAGGUCCCGCCGCUUAUGUGAGCCAGGUACUUGCCAGGACACCAGGAGGAGCAAGCUCUGAAGAAACUUCAAAUAUGAAAGUCAGACCAAAACUAGAGCUCUUUCACCAUACUACUUGACAUUAUGACCAGAGUGGGUCAGAACACUCACACACACGUAUAUGAAAACAUUGCCAUACCAGCCUCCCAGAAUAAACCUUGCCCCUCAGAGUUGUCAUCUUCUUCUGCCUGUGAUCAUGAGCUUGGUUCUUCAGAUCUUCACACCCUUGUUUGAGCGAUGCUGAUGAUCAACUUUUCACUGGUGCUUUGGGUCCUGCUGGAGUUGCUCUGGUGGAAUUUUCUGUCUGAGAAUUUUUAAUAUCAAGACUGACGUCAUGC